AUGGGUGUCAAGCUCCUGCCUUCGCACGGCUUCUCGCGAGCGAGCCGGAUCGAUGACGCGAUGAAUCUGCGUGCGAAACGGAACGCCCGGACGGCCGAAAGAAGUCCGGUUGCAGUCUCCUCAGACGAUCGGAGGACCGGAACGCCCGCCGAACCGCGCCGAGAGGUGAGCGAGAAGGAGACUGAUCCAAGAAGCCGGUCUUGGAAGCCGCUCUGUGAAGUGGAUUCACGCACCUCCAUCUUUGGUCCAACGCUGUCCUCGAAGCGACUGCAUCCGAGGAGCGAGGCAUGGUUGGUCUUCCUCAAUGAUUUCAGGGAGAGCAGCCACGAGAUAAGUGUGGAACAUUUCCUAUGGAAACUGAAGGAGAGCAGCGAGCCAUUCAGCGAGAUCUUUCCCGAUGACAACUGACGAUGGAGCAGCACCAAGCUGAAGCACACUUCCCCAAAUAGGAUGGUUCACGGUGCAGCGAUGGCGUGCGGAGGACGAGCGACGCUGCUGGACCUGCCCAUCGAGGUGAUGGAGCACGUGGUGAGGAGCUCGAGCCUGAGCAUGGAGGACGUGGUGCACCUGAGCGUCGCCUGCAGGUCGCUGCACGCGAUGGGGCUGUGCGAGAACCGGCGGAUCUUCCGGGAGAAGUUGGCGCAGAGGUGGCCGGUGCCGGGGGCGGUGCUGGGGCGGGAGGUGGACUCGAAGAGGGAGGUGGACUUCAAGAGGGAGUACCUGUGGAUGCGGAG